AUGAGUUCUCCAUUUGCUUCCCCACCACCACCCUACACGCCUGAACAUCCUCAUGUCAUCCUCGACCAUGAGAAGAUCCCCCAGGUAGGGGCACCACCCCCACCACACCCUGCAAUCGACCCAGAAGGUGCUGCUGCUGCUUCAACAACAAGCGCAGUUAGGGGAUCAUCACCAAAACCGCUAGGAAUGCGUGCAGACGAUAGAGAUAUCUUUCACUUGCCAGCGACAACUGCUCUGACACUACUCUCAAGGAGCAUUGAGAUGCUCGUCUCUAUGACUGGAGAUGUGCCCCCUACUCCACCCCCAAGCGACCCUGCUACACCUGAGAUGGAGGAGGAGCUUCACCCUACUGCCGUCUCAACAGGAUUCAGCUUUGGCAAGACCAUGGCCCAGGAUUUGGAUGGUGUUCAUGUCAAACACAAGCACGAUUUCAGGGAUGAAGAUAGUGAUGAUGACUUCUUGAGCAAUGGAGGGGAGAUCAAGAUCAUCGGUGCUGGAGCGAAGGGUAUUCAUCAGAAUGCUUCAAUUACACGAAAGUUCUGGAGCAAAGCUGCACCCGAGAUCCCAAUUGAGGACUACCUCUUCCGGAUACAUCGGUUCUGCCCAUUAUCAACAGCCGUAUAUCUCGCCGCCUCAGUGUAUCUCCAUCGCCUUGCAGUAACAGAACGCGUCAUUCCCUUAACCCGCCUUAAUGUUCAUCGAUUACUUCUUGCCGCCUUACGAGUAGCGAGCAAGGGAUUGGAGGAUCUUAGCUACCCACAUAAAAGAUUCGCAAAAGUCGGAGGGUUGAGCGAGUACGAGCUGAGUAGGCUCGAAGUCAGCUUUUGUUUUUUGAUGAACUUCGAUUUGAAGGUCGACAAGGCUGCAAUGGAGAAACAGGUGGCGAGCUUGAGGGAGACAGUAAACCGACAAGUCACUAUGGGCACUUCAGCAUUGGUGUUACCGCCUAGCCCCAAAGAAAAGGAGGUGACAGCGAAACCGGCCAUGCUGGAUGUAUAG